AUGUCAGUUCGUUGUUUAAUCAGUGAACAGAAGCUCGACUAUAUCCGUGAAGUCGUGAACCAAAGAGAUCCAAAGGAGGAUUAUAAGCUCAUUCGUAGCAUCGGAGUUGGGACAUACGGGGAGGCUCUCCGACUGAAUACUAAAGACUAUGCUGCGGUUAAAAUAAUUAAGGUAGAUGCAAAGGAUGAUAUCAAGGCAGUUCUUCAAGAAAUACAAACACUUAGAGAUUGUCGGCACCGCAAUAUUGUCGAAUUCUACGAUAGUUAUUUUCGGCACAACAAACUGUGGAUAUGUAUGGAAUUUUGUGGCGGUUAUUCGAUGCAAGAUAUUUACACAAGUAGGCAUUUGAUUAUGUUCUACAGCCAUGUAGAUACUCGUAAGCCAGUGGAUGAGGAUUGCAUUGCCUUUCUCUCUCGGGAGACUCUCAGAGCGGAUUUCGGCGUAGCCGCUCAAAUCACUCAUACGAUACAGCGUCGCAAUUCUCUAAUCGGGACGCCAUACUGGAUGGCCCCGGAGGUUGUCGCUGUAGAACGCAAAGGCGGUUACGAUGAAAAAUGUGAUAUUUGGGCUGUCGGAAUAACUGCCAUCGAAUAUGCAGAACUUCAGCCUCCAAUGUUUGAUCUCAACCCUUUGAAAGCGCUUCGGAUACUCAGCAUGAAGAAUUACAAGCCGCCCACAUUAAAGAAUAAGGCUAAGUGGUCCAACAAAUUUCAUGGGUUUCUGAAAUUUGCCCUAACCAAAAACGAAAAGAAACGUCCGACCGCCUCCCUGAUGCUAACGCACGAAUUCGUGACCCAGCCCCAACUGUCGCAGACGCUGACUCUCCGACUUCUUCAACAAAACCGCAAUCCUGAGCCCAUUACUUUUGGUCAGCCUCAGGCGACGGCUGGAAGAUCGGCUGCAGUGCUUUCAUCAGCCACCCCUCCGAGCGUUCCACCAUACCAGGUAAACCAGGGAGUAGCAUGCCCGCAGACCCCUAGGUCUCCUCCUAGCCUCGCAGUCAAGCGACCUACACCUGCCAACGCCCUCGCCACAAACGGCUCCGCUGCCAAGGGCUCCGCCAUUCCAAAGGCUCCUCACAUAUUUCCAGAAGGUGUGAACAUUAAGACGCCAGCGACCCGCUUUCCCUUCUCGUCAGCGGGAUUGGAAGCUGCGAGCAAGUAUGUGGCGACGCAUCAAGAAGAGAUAGGAAUGAUGUCAUCCUCGAAACUCAAAAUGUCACAAGCCCCGCCGCCAUUGGUGACCAACGGCGCUCCUGAACGUAUUCUUCCCACUCCUACUGGGGGCAGUGUCUAUCCGCGCUUCCCAGUGCGGAGCAAACGCCUAGAGGACGUGCGCAUCAUGGACGAACUGGCGACUCCUUUGCCCGCCUACGCGGCCAAUGCACCCACUGCGAGUCCUGCUCCCAAGCCGCCUCUCUCUUCAAUUUCUCCAACUGUUUCUGCCACUUCUUUCUCUUCCGCUUCCACUUCGCCCUGUAGCACCAUUUCAUCUUCUACAUCCUCUUCUGAUUCUCAUAGUACUGGGUCUUCCAGUGGUGCUUGUGAGGACAUAGAAGAGGAUGAUGAGGAAGGAGAGAGAGAGGAGGAUGGCGAUGAAGAAGAAGAAGAAGACGAAGAAGAGGAAGAAGAAGAAGAAGAAGAAGAAGAAAGGGAAGAAGAGUCUUCUUUCGAAAGCGGAACUUGUGUUUCCUCAAAUAAGAGUCGCUUGACAUCUCUCAAUGCCGUCAACGCUAGGAACAUCGUACCUGAAUCGGAGACGACGCCCCAACCUGUUCGUUCCACGGUGCCAGUACCACGUGUCAAUGCUGGCUGCAAUGGGCUUGCUGCAGAGUGUGUUGUUGCAUCCGAAAAGGAGAACAAAUUGGGGGUUGCGGUGAGAGGUAUGAAACCGGAAGGUGGAGACGACAGCCAGAGCCACGAAAGAACACUAACCACCUCGGAUUUCGCGGCAGCAGAUCUGGAUCUUGACGUGGCCGAUGAGCAACUACUGGCGGCUGAUGGCGUGUUGACACUGGGCAAAUGUUCCUCCAGGCGAACGGACUCCACUGGAGGAGGGGACAGAAUUAGUGAAUUUGGCUUCCGAAUGCACGGGAAUCCUUUGGAAGAAGAAGAUGAAGAGGAUGAUGAAGAACUGGACUUUGAUUAUGUUGAUCCGGAGGCUGGAUUUAUCUCGCACCCGGGUGCUCUGCUGGCUGCAGGGAGGAACGCCGCUGAAACGAACGCAGCGCAGCACGAGUCGCGCCCUUCCGAGGAGAACGAAGAUCAGCGGCCACGUCGUCGGCCUCGGCGGGGAAAAUCCGACACCAAAGUGGCACUAAAGCAGCAGCGCGGAUCCCCACGACGUCAGGUCUCUGAGUCCACUGAACUUGCCACUGCCAUCACCUGCACAAAAAAAACUGAAAAGGUUCUUCCGCAAAAUGACUUUUUCCCUGAAAAGACUGGCGCCGAAUUGGCGGAUAUGUUGCGGCAACUCAAAUUCGCACAGAAGUUUGCUUGGCUCGCUGGUGAGCCUUCGGUUGCUCCAUUGGGUCUGUCCUCGUUCAAUCCCGGUUCGGUGCCGACACUACACCACGCCACGAGCUCACCAGACACCGUGCACCCUUUUCUGGGUCGAUCAGGUGGUAGUGGCCUCUUGGUACCGUCAAUGAACCCCUCCGAUGCCGAAGGCUCCAUGUGUCAGCCCCCUACACCUCAACCACGCCCCAAGACCUCUGCCCCGGCAAUGUCAACGGGUGGACCGCCUUCUCUUUCUGCUCGUCCCGCGCCUUGCACGCUUACUCCUCCCGUAGCGUAUUCGCCAUUUGCAUUCUCUAGCGGUAUCCGCUCUGUUGUUGAUCUUGCCGAGACCAGCGUCGAGGAAAUAGGCACCUUAACGACUGCUGCUAGUGCUGACUUCUCAAAUCCUAUCUCCAAUGAGACAUUGGCAGUCUCCGCUACUUUACGGCCUCCUUCGCCGCCUAGUCAGCCCUUGAAUGGCCAACACUGGUGCCCAUCAUCCGCUGAUGACACUGCAUCUUCCUCGUUUUCUAAGCCGCUUCUCUCUCCGUCCAAUAACUCUGUAUCAAAGUUAUUCACCCAGCAUCAAGCCUUUACAUCUCCUUGCUUUUCCAUUCAAUCUUUUCUACGGAAUGACGUUCCGUCCACAUCAUACAGUUUGGGUAGUCGACAUAGACAAGACGGAGCGGAAGAGGAGAGGGCCCAGACGCGAAUCUUAGCAAGUCAGAGUAGUGGUCUGAAACGGGUAGUAGAGGAGGAGGAGGGUAGAGUUAAGGCCUCCUAUGGGGUCGCACAGCCCGCCAAUCAGGUUGAAGAUGAUGAUGCCAGAAUGAAAGAGGAAGGGAUUAAAGUGAAGGCGAGACGGGAAGAAGAACAAGACAAGGUGCCGACCCAUGGUGCUGAAAUUGAGACAAAUGUGGUGGAACCGCCACCGCUUUGUAGUGCCAAACAAUCGAGUCGCGCUCGCAGCUUUCCCAGUUUCUCUUGCGCCUAUCAACGUAUCACCUUUCCUUCCUCCUCUACCUGCCCCAACCUCCUCCAAAUCUUUUCCACUACCCAUCCUCAUUGGCGUCGUUACCCGAGAAAGACGGCCUCUGCCCCUUCUGUCACGGAGGAGAGUGCGGCUAGUGUCGAGAACACCAGCUUUGCUUUGGUUGAUUCCCUCAAGGCCGUUGCUACUGAGCCUGUAAUUAAGAAGACCACGACAGUCUCGACAGAACAGCAUCGGAUCUCCCCUCCGACUUACCUUUCCCCACAACCUUCACGGAUGCUCAGACGUCUGAGGCAGAGUCCUAUUGGCAACAACAAGAUCAGACCUACCUCGGUGUCGGUCUCCUCUAUGGAUCAUGACCUUCAAAAGCUUUCUCGAACGGGGGCUGUUGUUUGCAGUAGCUAUGGCGCUCCGCCUUGGACACGACAGUCCACCACAGACUUACCGCCCACGCCCCAAGUCCACCUCUCCUCGCGCUAUUGUCACUGGUUGGCGGUGGUACAGAAUACCAUGGUUUCAGUUUCGGGCAACCCACCGCACCUUUACACUCACAACCUCACCACUCUUAUGAAAAUGAAGGCCUCUGGGCAUUCCAUGAAUGCGAAACUCAAUCGCAUCUCCAACCUCUUCCCCAAGCGCUUCUCACCCUCUAAUAAGGUGUCAAAAACAAAGGGAUGUCUGCGAGCAAGCUUGGUAAGAAGCCCUUUCACUGGUGCUCGGUACCUUUGUGCCGCAUUCUCCCAUGAAAUUCUCGUAAUGGAGUGGGUCAAUACACUUUCAACGUUUAUUGAGACCAAGCGGGUGCCAGUUUCCAACAUGCCCCAAUCGCUGACAACCUUCGAUUUGCUGGUGCAGCAGGACUUGAGAUUUCCCCUGGCCUGCUUGGGUGUCUAUCGGCAUCACUCGCGUCGGGGAUUGGCAGGAGAGCGCUACCGCCUCCACCUCGUCGACUUGAACUCGCCUACCACUCCCACGAUUCCCCCUCAUUUGGACCCUGUUUCUACACUUUCCCACGCCCUUUCUACCCCAGCAACAACCCACACAGAGCCCAAGAAGCCCACCGAAUCUCGCUCCGAUGUCGUUGGCUCUGCCGCUGCACCUGCCUUUGACGCCCCUACCGCCUCGUCUGUUGGCAAGAUUGCUGACGGCAUUGCCUCCGACAAUAAUUCUGUCUUUCUGGAGACAGAUCGGCUAACAGUAGUGAGCGUCAUUCAACUUCUGAAGAACACUGUCCUUGUCUGUUUUCCAGACUGUGCGAAAUUGAUUGGCUUCAGCGGUCGGCUACGGAAGAAGCUGCGUCAACCAAAUACAAUCACAUUUGAUGGUCUUCAGAUUCAAUCAGUCGGUCAGUCACUAGAAGCUUUGGUGUCAGGCUUUUGGGUGAAUUUUUAG